AUGGUAUAAAAACUGAUUUUUAACAAGUUCAUUAAGAAGAAAGAUGAUAAUGAGAAAUGGAUUUAGUUUUCAUCGUCAAAUACAAAUAUUAAUUUAAAUAGGCUGCAUGAAUGCAGCUUAAGCUAAUUCUAUAAAGCAAUUGCUGAGCUGAGAAAAACUAAAGACAAUAUACCAUAGUUCUCGAUUGAGAAAGUAUCGAGCUCUUCACAUGAGUUAGCUAUUUAUUUUAAUUAAUUACCUAAAGAUGUGCUUAGUGAUAUUAAAUUUCUUAGUUUUUUAAGCGAUUGUAGUAUAAAAAGAAAGACUUAAAUAUAUAGUAACAAGAAUAGAAAUUUUCAUAACUUGCCAACUAUUUAAGAGGGAAUGUACGAAAGUGCCUCUUAAAAAAUUAACGUUAAUGAAGAAGAUGAUUAGCUUGUUAGAAGAUAAUCAUCAGCAUUUAGUAGGACAAUUAACAACAGCAUUAAAAAUUCUCAAUAUCUAUACGAAAUAACAAAAAGUGAUAUUUCAAAAUCACUAUUUAAAAAAUCAGAAACGAAUGAAAUAAUAAAUGAAAAUGCUUUAGAAAACAGUAUUCAGGUUGAUAAGGACAUAAACAUUUUGAGUAACGACUCGUCAUUCAAAGAUAUUGAUGGAAGUUAUGAUAAUUAGUUUAAAAAAAACUAAGGUUAGAAGAUCAGAUAAGAUCUUUCACUUACGUAAGAGGAAUUAAGCUGCACUGUUGUUACUGAAAUAGAUGAGGAUACAAAAUUGUAAAAAUCAUAAUACUUUGGUAACUUUAAUGAAAAAAUGCUUUAAACCCUUACAACAACAAGAGAUUACAAUUCGUCUCCUAGAUCAAAAAUAAUGGGUUCUAUCAGCAGUCCAGGAUCAAAUUAAUCUUUGAAAAUGACACAAGAAUAACAAAAAUAAUAUAUAUAAAGCCAGUAAAUAUAAUUAAAUUUAUAACAACAAAUUUUUUAAAAGUAGAACCAAGCUGCUGAAAAGCAAAAAAUUCAACCUAAUUAACAAAAAAUAAGAUUUACUUAAAGCAUUUAAUGUUAAGAUUAAAUAGUAGAGCCUUAAUUAUAAAUUAAAGAAUAAAAUUUUGUUAGCUUACCCUCAUCGACUAAAAAUUAAACAAAACAAGGAACUCAAAAAUAAUAAAAUAGUAAUGAAUAUAUUAUUAGCAGUAGUAAUUUUAGCAACACUAGUUUGAAAAAUAACAAUAUUUCUCAAGUGCAGGGCGCCAAUUCAAACUAAAUUACUAAGCUAAGCAAUAAUUAAAAUACUACAAAUACCUUUUAAAAUAAACCAAAUAAGAUUUAAGAAAGUAAAUUUCAAUAAUAAAAUGCUUAAACUUUACAUUAUCCAGGUAACAUAGCUAAUUCAAUUGUAACAGAUUUUUAUGAUAAAAGUCUCUCAUAAACUGUUGUACCUUCCCUUCAUCAAAAUAAUCAAGGAACUAAAAUUAAUUUAGAUAUAAGUGAUAGUAAUGCAACUAAAAUCAAUAAUAAGUUUAAACUAAGUAACAAUACUCAAUCAUAAACACAACUAUCAUAGAAUUCCAGGCAGUAAGAUUUUAGUUCUUAAAAUGGGGGAUAAGCUGGUAAUCAAAACGAAAUGAGUUAGACUCUUAAUUUUAAAUAACAGGCUUUAUUUCAAGCUUAAGGUUAGUUUAAGUCCAUGGAAAGUGUACCUUCAAAAGAGGAAAUUUAAAUGAAAUUUAUUAAAGAAACAAUUUCUCACUCUCAAAUUGGCAAAUAGGAGAAUGAAGAUAAUUAUAAAAAUAAUAAUAAUAGAUAAGAUGCCUUGGCUAUUUUUAGCAGAGAAUAGAUCAGUACUGAUAGAAAAAAUAGAGAGACUGCCUGCUUUUCUUAGGAAUCGGUGUAAGCCAUUAGUAUGGGAUAAACAUUAAGUUACAAAUAAAUAAAUUAAAGAAAGCAAAGCUAAAUAAUUCUUAGUCAAGUAAAUUUUGAUUAAGCAGAAGAAGAAGUUACCUAUAGACCCAAACCUUAAAUUGAAUAAUAAUCAAUGAGUUAAACUGUUAUGAUUAAAAAUUAACCUUACUAAUAGAAUAAAUAGUAAACUCCAAACUAAUAGCAAAGCAUCAACCAAACUUUCUCAAAUCUAUAAAAAAAGAAUAAUAUGAUGGAUUCUUACAUAGGAGGAUAAGCCACUAGUGAAGUAUUAUAAAUAGAAACUUAUGAAAAUAUUGAUGAGGGGAAUAUAUAUAAUACAAAACAAAAUGAAUAUCUACCAAGCAUAGACUCAAGGAAAGCUUCAUAGAGUGGUAUUUAUUCCAAGGAAAAUUAGAAUUCAAUAUAAUCUCAGAAAUUGUUAACUUCUGAAUUUAACAAGCAAAGUGUUUUUUAAACAGGACAUUUCAAAUCAAUAGACCCAAGUUAAGUGAUGGAAUCAAAAUUAAAAAAGAGCAAUAAUGAAAAUUAAGAUAGAUAAAAUUAAAAUAUGCUUAACAUUUAGGAUUUUUAAAAGAUAUAAGAAUCAAAAAUAAUUGAAAGAUAGGAAAAACAAUAUAAUUCUUAGCUUUCAUUUUCACCUAAAAAUAAUCGAGUUUAUCAAUCUAGUUAAAAUAUUCCAUAAAUACAAAUUUAGUAGUACAAAUUAGCUGAUGUUUCAAAUACACCCAUCUUGCUAUCACCCAAACAUAGCCAAUAACUAUAUUCUGUUUAACAAAGUGGCUCAGUCACAAUAGUUCCAAAAAAAAGAUUUGAGUAAGAAUCAACAAAAGAUGAGACUUUAAAAACUGAUAAGAUAAAAUAGAAAUAUUAUAUUAAUUUUAGUAAUAACAGAACAUCUGAAUCUCAGGAAAUUGAAGGUAAAAACGAUCCACAAAAUAUGUAAGAUUUUAACAAGAAAAACCAAGAAUCAAAUGCAAAAGAUGAUCAAAGUGAAUAGCCUAAAGGAGAAAAGAAAAAGGUCCUUCAUUCAAAAGAUUAAAGCAGUCAAUUUUCUAACAGUAAAAAGUAAAAAGGAUACUAAGGUGGUUAAUAUAGCGGAAGCUCAAGUGGUGGAAAAGAUAAUUCAAAUAUCAGAAAAAAUAAUAAUAAUUUGUAUCAAGAUAUAAGUAUAAAUAUAUAUAAAAGUUUAAUUCCACAUAACCCGAUUGGUUUUUCAACUAUUAUGAGUAACCCUUUACAGGUUAGUGAAAUUACUGGUUUAAAAGGUUCAGUCUCUGUCACAGGAAAUCUUUAAGUUGAUGAAGCACCCACAAAAGAAAAAAUUUACAAACCCUUUAACCCUAUCAAAAAUUCUGAUUGGUAGAUAACAUUUAAUUAAAAAGGAGAUGUAGAAAUAAAAACUUCUUAAGAUAUUGUACCACCUGUUGAAAAUUAUGGAAAAAGUUUUAGAAAACUUUAUCUGACAGGAAAUGAAAAAAAUUAGGCUAUUCUUGAUAAAGUAAAAGUUAUUUUAGAAGAACAAAAAUUUACAGAUAUAGAAAUGAUUGGUAGAGGUUCUUAUGGACUUGUAUUAAAGGUAAAAAAUUGGCAAGGUUUUGAAAGAGCUAUUAAAGUACAACUCAUAAAUGCUUAUAAUCAAGAUUAAUUCAAAGAUGGAGAGUUCAAAAUAGGAAAAUAUUUAACUGAUGAUGGUACAGAAAAUCUUUUUGGGCAAAUCAUUACCCUGCAUAACAUUUAUAUAAUAUAAGACACAGAAAGCGAGCACAUGAUUUGUUUAAUGGAAAUGGAGCUUGCUGAGUCUAGUUUAAGUAAAUAAAUAAACAAUAGGUUGGAAAAAGGAGUAAUGAUUGAUCCUUUUUCUUAGGAAGAGUUUAUUUUUAUUUGCCGUUGGUGUAUUCAAACUCUUGUAAGAAUUCACAAUAGUGGAUGUGUCCAUAGAGAUAUUAAAACAGAUAACAUUCUUAAAAUGGGAAAUAACUUUUUAUUUACUGACUUUGGUGAAUCUGAAUAUGUGUACAAUUUAAAAAAUUUUCAUCAAAAAUAGACAGAUACUUUCAGAGUUAAAUAAAGGUUUUCAGGAACUUAAACUUAUCUAUCGCCUUUAUUAAGGGAGUGUUAUGAUAAUCUAAAAAAUAAUUAAUCUGAUCAACUCUAUCAUGAUCCAUUCAAGAGUGAUAUAUACAGUUUAGGAUUAGUUUUUCUAUAAAUUUAGCUAUAUAUGAAAGGAAUGAAUAAAGCAGAGAUCACUGCUAUUUUAAAAGAUCCUAAAAAAGCUUAUGAAGAGGCCAGAGCAAAUAAUAUCAACCAUAUUAUACUCAAACAAAGAUAUUUUAUUUAUGAAGGCUAUGAAUAUGAAUGCAUCAAUAUUUUAUAGAGCAUGCUUGAAAUAGAAGAAAAUAAACGUAUGUCAACAAUUAAAUUAGCCCUUAUUUGCUAAAUAGAUAAGCAAUUUCUUUCUCGUAUAGUUAUUCCUUACCCUAAAAUCUUUAGACCAAAAUAAAUAAAAGAGGAUUAUGGAAAUAAUAUAUGUAAAGUUAAAUAUUCUAUUAAGUAUAUGGAGUAUGAAGGAGAAACUCUUAAAAUUGGGGACAAAAUUUUAAGACACGGAAGAGGAAAGUUAUUCAGACAUGAAUAAAAUACCAAAACUAUAAUUUAUGAGGGUUACUGGAGUAAAGAUCUACCUCAUGGCUAAGGAAAAUUUUCUAAAAUAUUUUAGGAUGACUGGGAGUAUGAAGGGUAAUUCUAUAAAGGAGUUUUUCAUGGAAAAGGAGAAAUAAAAUUUAAUGGAAAUACAAUUUAUUCAGGAGAAUUUAGGAAUUAUAUUUUAAAAGAUUUUUUAAUUCCAAAAUAAAUGUGCCCAUAAUCAGGUACUUUCAAGCUAAUAGCAUUUGGCAAAAAAAUGUAUAAAAUCAAAAAGAAGGCUGAUAAUUAAGAGUUUUGUUUACAAAUUAAACUUCACUAAAUACCAAAUAUAGAAAAUUUGCUUUGUCUUUUGAAAGAUUCUAAGUCAAAUUUUUAAAGGCUAACAUUAAAAAAUUAUAAAAAGAUAAAUAUGGAUAGUAUCUCGCACGCUCCUAAUUAAUCAGAUGUUUACAAAAAGAGAGAUAUAUUUAUUAUUUGCAAAAAAAUGAAUGUAGAAGUUAUUUAUGAUGAAGAAUUUACCUUUCUUGAUUAUUAAUUAGAAACCAUUUUAUAAAUAUGCAAUCAAAUCGAAUAUAUUGAUCUUAAAUUUAUUUCAUAGGAACAAGCUGCUAAAUUGUUCAGUGGUGAAAAAAGCUUUGAUUAUUUGAAAUAAAUUAAAAAUGCAAAUGAACAAAAAUUCAGUGAAGAAUUUUUUUGUAAUCUUAUGAAUUCCAAAAUUGUUUCAAGACUAAAUAUUAUAGAAUAUGAAAAUAAAUCCUUAUUUGGUUUGGGUCUUAAACGUAUGUUUGAAAAGAGGGUUCAAGUUUAAUUUGUUAAAGAAAUUAAUUUAUCAAAUUCAUAUAUUUCUGCUUAAAACGAGUCAUUUUAGAGUUUCUUUGCCUCAGAUUGUCUCAACUAAAUUAUAAAGUUGAAUUUACAUAAUAUAGCAUCUCUUAACGAUGAGUCUCUAAAAAUUAUUUCUUCAUCAAAAUAUUUAUAAAAUUUAAAAGAACUUGACAUUUCUGGAUGUACAAAAGUUACUCAUAAAGGACUGAGUUAAUUUUCGAUUCAGCUAUAAUAAAACUUGCCUUAGCUAUAGGUUUUAAGGAUUGGAGGUCUGGUAAAUCCAAAAGUUGAUACAGGUUUAAAUAAACUUUUAUUCAACCCAACUAUGAAAAUGUUAGAAUCCCUAUUUAAAAAUGCAAGCAAUUUAUAAGAAUUAGAUAUGAGCAAUUCCUAGAUGUUAAAUGAUUCAGUAGUCAAGGGCAUUACAACAACAAAGCAUUUACCAAAUUUACUUUUCUUGAUUCUUUCUAAGUGCCCAUUACUUACAUAUAAAUCCUUUGAGUAUUUUCAUAGACAAACAAAUAACCUUAAAACUUUAGAAAUGGUUGAUUUUUCUUACACGAAAAUAAAAUUAAGUCUAAAUUUAAAAAAGCCAGCACAAUUUUUAAAAAAACUUAAAAUUGCAGAAUGUCAAUAAAUUGAUUGGAAUUAAUUAGCUGGAUACCUAUAGAUCUCUCAUACGAGUGAAAUCUAUUUUGAUUCUGACUUGCUUGAAUUUGUUUCUAAAUAAAAAGAAGAAGACUUCAAACAAGCAAUCAGACUACUUUCUAAUAAGAAAAUAUUUUUGAACAUAGUUUCAGAAUAAUCUCUUGAAUACAUAAUUAAAUUCUUUGAAAAAAGAAAUAAUCUUGAUAUCAGAUUAUUUAGUUUGACUUACCCAGAAUAUUAACUGGAAAAAUCUGUUAUAGUUUAAAUUAAAAAAUAAGAUAAGCACACCAAGUUUAAAAUUAAGGACUAUUAAGGAGUAUCCUUCAAAGAGAGAAUUUAGGAAGCAAGAGCUAAGGUUUUCAAGUAUAAGCAUUAUCAAAUCUUAGAGCAGCCUCUCUGUGUCCUUGAUCAGGAUUAUGACAAUUACGGUAAUUAGCAGCUACCAGCUAACGAGGAAAGAUUUGAAGAUUUAAAAAGAAUCUUAAAUGGUAGACUAUUUUUAGAAUUUCAUUUGCUAGAUUUAAAAAAUGAAUAACAAUUUGCACAUUAAAUAAUUAAACCUCUUGCUUAAAGUAAAUUUACAAGAGGUUUAGAAAUGAUUGAUUUAUCUAAUUCGAUUAUAAAUGAUGAAGAUUUGUAAGAAUUAACCAAGUCCCAAUACUUUCAAAAAUUAGAAAGUAUUUGCAUAAAUAACUGCUAAGAAAUUACUGAAACAGGCAUUAACUGCUUGAUUGAAUCAAUAUAGGGAUUUCCAAGUUUAAAAGAAGUACAAGUUCAAUAAAAACUUGUUAACUUUUAAAAUUUGGAUCUAAACUCUUUAUAAAAAAGAGGAUAAGAAUUUAAAUUAAUAAUUGACACCUUACAAAUCAAAAACUUAGAAGUUAUAAGAGAUGAAAAGAUGUUUUUAAAAUAUGUCCAAUAAAUAUGUAGUAUUAAUUAGAGCGUAAUAAGCACUAUAUUUGUUAUUGGUACUCCUUUUUUGGUAAACAAAAUUUUAAAUUAGUUAAGUUAAAAUACUCCAUCUCCUUUAAAGUAUGUUACUAUUGAUGUGUCUAUUAGCUAAGAAAACGAAAUUGAAGAUAUCUAACAAGCCCUAUCCCUAAUUUAAAAUUUUAAAUAGAUAGAGAGUUUAUUCUUUGAUUUUAGAAAGCUUAGGUUUCUUUCUUACUCAUUGAUGAAGAGUUUAUUUAAAUACAUAGAAAACCUUUAACUACUCAAGCAAUUAAAAAUUAUGAUAAAAAAUUAUGGAAGAAAAGAGUAUUUUUUAGAAGGAGUUCACAUUAUUGAGUUAUUCGAAAAUUUAAAAAAGUUUACACAACUUAAAAAACUAAGUGUUUAUUUUAAAUAAAAAAAGAAUGUCAAUCAGCAAAUAAAUAAAAUAAUGACAGAUAAAAUAGGUAUUUGUAUUAGAUCUAUUGUUAAAAAUCUUUAGGAGAUGAACAUUUAGUUAAUAAAUUGGGAUAUUCAGCAAAGGAUAUAAGGUUUUAGCAUUAUUUAGUUCGGAUAAUUUGAGGUGUGCAAGUCUCUUUAGUCUCUAACUUUAAAUUUCAGGAACAUGCUUAAGUCUAACAGAGACUACAUAAAAGAUGAAACAAUUAAGAGCUUAACAGAUUGCUUAAAAGGGAUGCAAUUUUUGAGAUAAUUAAGUCUUAAUCUGAAAAACUGGGGUAAAAAGAAUGAGUAUAUUACAGAUUAGUCACUCAUUUACAUUAAAGAAUUCUUGUAGACAAAUAAAAAUCUUAAACUAUUUGAUAUAAAUCUUAAGAACUGGGAAUAGUCUUCUAUUAAAUCAAUAACUGAAUUCAUCGAAGCAAUAAAUCAACAGCAAAAGUUGUAAACAUUAUGGUUGAACUUAGCAAAUUGGGGUGUUUUCAAUAGCACAUUAGUAGGAGAUGCAAUAGAGAAAAUGCUAGAAAAAAACGGAGAAUAGAUAUAAAACCUUAAAAUAAACUUUUCUAAAUCAUACAAGCUACAUUAAAAAAAUGUUUCAGAUAGCAAUCUUAUUAAAUUAUUUAGAAACAUCAGCAAAAAUAAUGAUUUAACAAGUAUUCAUCUUAAUCUAUCAAACUGGGGUCAAAAUAACGAAUCAAUCACUGAUGAUUGCUUAGAUGGAUUUAAAUAAAUCUUAUCAAAAAAAAAACUAAAAUCACUCACUCUCAAGAUAAAAAAUUGGGGAUGUGAAAAUAAUCGAAUUACAGAUUCUUUUAUCCCGAAUUUGGUAUCUCAAAUAUCUAACUUAAACGAUAUCGAAUAUCUCUAUUUAAACUUUUCAGGAAUGGGAUAAUUUAUUUCAGAUAACAAAAUAGGAAAUUAAGAAGCUAUUUAACAAUUAGGAGAAUAGUUGCUGAAAUCAAAAAAGCUAAAAACUAUAAAGUUAAAUAUGAACAAUUGGAAAACUGAAAAUAGCGAAGACUGUUUAUUUGAUAUAUUCAAAUAGCUGUAAAAAAGACCUUAACCUUAAGAAAUACAAUUAUCUUUAGCAGGUUGGUUUCAAAGCAAAGAUAAAAUUUCUAGAAAGUAAUAAGAGAAUGAUUAGUAGCAGAUUGAAUCAAAAGCUAUUUAGAAACUUAAUUUCAAUUUCUCAAAUUGGAUGAGCAUUACCUAGGCAAUUUAAGCUUAGAAUAUCUAUUUCAAUAUGUUUUAAUUAGAGAACAUGAUAGAUUUAACUCUCGAUUUCUCUUAACUGAAUAAUCUGCAGGAUAAUUUUGAAUCUGAGCUGAUUGUUUUACUAUCUAACUUAUAGGAGUUAUAAAACCUUAAAUCACUAGAUUUAAAUCUUUCAUAUGAUCUAAGCUAAGAUUUGGAUAUUUCAAGAAACUUGAAAAUACAAUUAGAACAAUGCUUAACUAAGCUAAUUUAAUUAGAAACUCUCAAACUGAAUUUAAAAGGGUGGAAAUUUAAAAAUUCAGAUAUAUAAAAUGAAGUUAUAGAACACAUCUUUUUAGGUAUAUCUCGCCUUAUCAAAAUAAGAGUACUUAAGAUUAACAUGGAUAAUUGGAACUCUAAUACUGAUAUUAGCAAGGCAAACUUCGAAGUAUUUAGCAAAAAUUUAAAAGAUUUGAGAAUAUUAUCCAAGAUUUACCUUAGCUUUGAGAAUUGGUAUUAAUAAUCAAAUAAAAUUUCUAAUACUUCAUCUCCUCAGAUCACAAAACAAUAAAAUGAAGAUUAAAUUGCCUCUUACUAUAAUUUCUUAAUAGAAAAACUUUUGGAAAUAAUAAAUAAUGCUAAGUUGCUUGAUUACUUUUAUCUAAAUUUACAAAACUGGCCAUUUAUCAACAAGAAGCUGCUUAGUUAAUUAAAGAAUAAUUUGGGAGACAUGAACAUACAACAUAAGCUAGUAGGAAAGCUUUUUAACAAUUACGCUGUUUUAUGA